CAAAAACAAUUACACAAAUGCAAAUUGUGUUUAUAGGUUUUAUCGUUCACAUAAAGCCUGAUUAUAGUCUGUUUUAUUCAAACCCUACUUUUAUAUUGCUUAUAUUUUAAAUUAAGACAUACACGUCGAAAAUAAUGGGGACUCGCAUCAAAACAAUUUUGGUUACAGAAGUGAUUUGCUAGUUUACUUUUUCGAGUCAAUAACACGUUGACCUUGCUUUAUGAUUAAUAAGUUCGUCGGGCUAUUAUUUUGAAAGGAUGUAAACACAUUUCCAACCAGAACGCGUUUUAUCUUGCUGCUCUUUGUAAAAGUAAACUCUCUCUUGUCUCUCUUGCUAAAGGUCACCGCCCCGUUGUAGAGUUACUAUUCGUCGAGAUCCUCCCCAACGACUCUGAUUAGUUCUCGGCGCUGUCGAUCAACAAGUAGCGCUGUAUCUCGGACUGAGACUAGGCUGAAGUUUAUUCCAGUUCAACAGUUUUCAAGGAAACAGGCUUCGCACGCGAAGGGGACUGUUUGAUUCACGUCCGUCACGGGUUCUGGCCUCAGCGGAAGUUUUCCCACGUCAACAUAAAUAUCAGAAUGAGCACACAUAUUGCACAGUCCCUGUUUUUCCUUAAUCUUCCAGAUGUGGAAAAGCUGGUCUGUGUUACUGUAAGUCUUGGGGAAACAGAGGAAGAACCAAGGAGCAAACAGAUAAAGACCUGUAGAGAGCUGGUGCUAUUGUAUUCUGACAUCUUAGCCUCUCCUCUUCUGGGGUCCUUCACUGACAUCACUGUAGUUAUGGCAAUCUCUUUUUUCCAAAAAGGAUUCCUGCAGGCAUUUGCACAAAGGCGCCAUCUACAGUUGGGUUCUCCUCAGCAUGUGUUUCCAGGGGUCCUCCAGUGUUGUGUGUCCUAUUCUCUCAUCACCAGACUGAGUCCUAGAUGGAACAAAGCAGGACAGUACCUCAUCUGUGGUAAAGAUUUUCUGAUAGAGAAGGGAAAACUAAAUGCUGUUGGUCUGGAGCUCAGUAUCAGUGAGGGACAGCUGUGUAUCAGUAUUAAAGUCAACACUGUCAGAAUCCCCCCAACUAAACUUGAGGACUUUGCCCUCCCUCCUCUGGUACUGAGGAAGUUUUACAGUGAUCCUGAAUGCAUUCUGGACCCCUCCUCCAUAGGAGGAGCCCUGUGGUGUCACGUCCUGCCCAGUAUGAAGAAAGGACAGAUCAUUACCAUCAGCCGUCAACUGCCCAAGAACGGACUCUUUAAGAGCUACAGAGACCUGCAGAACCACUGGAACCAACUGUAUGGUUAUAGACUUCCUGAACUCCCAGAGUCUGAGAUGGUGUACUGCAGUGUUUACUUCCGGCUGGUGGGAGAGAGGCUGUUCACGUAUCCUCUUAGCUGUAUCCGUCUGGAGUCAUUGCAGCACUGCCCUCGUGUCGACCUGCAGGGGGCACUAGACUCCUUUGUCUUUGAUUUCAGGGAGCGAGUGAAGAGUCUGUGUGGUUUCCCUGUGCAUCUGAGCAAGAAACCCCGUUACUGCACUACUAGUUUGAACACCGCUACAUCAGUGCAGUUGCUCAACAGUCAACAGAUCAACCUCACCUCCACCUCUGCCACCAGGCCCUGUCUACUUCUCCCCCAUUUGCCUCGUGCUUUCUCUCAACACCCUCCCUCUUUUCUUCCUCAACCUGUAAGGGAACAACCGUCAGCCUGGGUCUCCUCACAGCAGGACAGAGCCCAGAGCCUUAUGGAAUCACCUACUCCUGAUUCAGCAUCUUCUUGCAUUUCCUCUUCCUCCUUAAACUCCACCUUAUCCCUUCCACUUUCCCAGCCAGGUGUUUCUCUAACAUCCUCAUCCAUCAACUCCUCUUCCUCCUCUCUUCCCCUUUUCCGGCCAGUUUCAUUCCUCACCCCCUCACCCAGCUGUAAGUCAUCGUCCUCCUCUUCUCCUGCUUCUUUUCUCUCCAUGUCAUCUCUCCCAGUCUCCCGGCCUGUUUCAUCCCCCACCUUUCCCUGUACCUCAGUCCUCCCCCGUGUUCCUCCUUUCAAUACAACUUCUAAACCUGUUUCCAUCUCUAAGACCAAACAGCCAUCACAACACAUCAACCCUGCCCUGCUGCAUGCCCAAAAGAAGAAUGAGCAGCAGCAAAAAGGAGGAGGAGGAGGACAGGAAAGGACCAGAAUAACAUUUCCAACCAUCAGAAUAAACACAUCUCCCUUUUGUCCUUCAUCAUCUUUAACUGCUGCUCCUGCUCUCUCCUCUUGUUCGUCCGUCUUGCCCCGUCCACCGCUGCCUCCACCAUUUGUUCCCCGAUUCAAACGUUGUCUGAAAGUUUCCGGCAGAAGCAGCAGCAGCAGUGCAGUUCUUCCUCCUCCACCUGCAGGUUUUCAUCCAACACCUCCUGUGCCCAGAAUCAAGCACAGCAUCAACCUAAAUCCCACCUGCAUGACCAAAUCCAACCUUCUAACCUCUCCAGUUGUGGAGAUAAAGCGAAAAACAACAGAGUCCUGCUCUUCUACCACUGUGGGGAAAAAGAAAAAGGGUGUCUCUGACUCCAGCUGCAAACAAACUACAACAGUAACAACACAGCCACCAGCUGAACCGACAGAACUUCUGCCUCUUACUGUGACAGAGUCUGAUGUCUCUAUCAAAGGCAGACCUGCUACCAGCAGUGGGGUGAAGAAUUCUAGAGGAAAGAUGCAAAACGUAGAUGUGGAGGAAAUGGCCAGAAACAAUCAGCUGUCAAAAGUGAACUCUUCAACUCUGUUGGUGUGGCUGAAACAACGAGGAGUGCUUGUCGGCACCAGACCCAAGAAGGAGGAGCUAACACUUAAGGUCAUGGGCUGUUUAGCCGAAUCUUAAUAUUGAACACACACACACACACACAAAACACUAACUAGAGUUAACACUGUUUUCAACUCUUAUGUUAAUGUUCUUCAUUUAUUCAUAUCAACCUUAAAUGGAGGAGUUCUAUAUGUUACUUAAUUUACGCUACAAUACAAACUACAAUUUUGUGAGAAUGUACUGAUGGGGUUUUUCAAGGCAGAACUUUCAGUAGUUUUACAAAUACAUACACAAAAUACGUGAAGUCCAAUGUUCCCCACGGUGCACUUUGAUAGCUGCCUCCUCAUUGAGAAACUCUAUCCUGAACAAUGAGAGGCUGUAAAAAAAAAAAAUCCAUUAACAAUCUAUGGAUGUGUGUGUCUGUCCACUCAGGUCCCCUGUGGCUGAAGUCACUGCUUGUUUUCUUUUCAUUACCUCGAUCACUCUGUACUUUUGACCCUGACUCACACACACACAGUUAAGUGGUGUUUGACUGGGCCUUGACUUAUAGCAAAUCAAUUUGAAUUUACUUCCUGGAGCUAAAAUUAUCCUGCCAGUAUCCUUUUUAAAUUUAACCUCUACUUAGAGGGUCCAGUAACCUGAGUGCUGUCUUUAUCCCACUGAUCAGUAGAUCUUUCAGAGGGUUUAUCAUAUUUUAGUUCUUUUGCAUCUAAUGAGGCAAAAGUCUUGAGUACAUUUGUCUUGUUUAUUUUUUGUUAAAAUAAACUUUUUCCAGCUAAAUAUUUUCUCCGCUGAUAUAGAAACAGACAUUUAUGCUGUUUGAAUAUUUCACUUGGACAGAGUUAAAAUUGUAAGCGAGCUGCUGACUUCAGGUCAGGUUCAUUGUACUGUAGCUGUAAAAUGUGUGUAAAACUUGUUUCUUUGGUCAUACACCGUUUUCUUCCAUUAUUCAGCUCAAGUGUGUUUUAAAAUCUUUAAUUCCAAUUUACUUUAGCAUCAAGACAUGACCACAUACAGUAAGGCAGCAGGACAUUAGCCGCUUAAUGGAUUUUCUCAAUUGCAUGUUAUCUUUGGAGAGUAAACAGUUAACAAAGGUCAAUUUGCUGGUUGAAUUCUUAUUUACAGCCUUAAAAAAACAUUAUUGAUGGCAGGAAAACCUGAUGCAGCGUAUUUGGCCCGGCUCUGCGGCUGCCGCAGUUUCUGCUGUGUCUCAUUUGGAAAAUAAAGAUGCACGAGCUGAAAGAAAAUCAAUGUGAGAACUCACAUGAAUAAUAAAAACCUAGGAGCUCAUUAAAGAGCUUUCCCAGUUUUAUUCUGCUGUAAAUUUUAUGUGGAACAAAAAUGAACCUCAGGACUAACUAGAAAAAUAGCCCAGUUGUUUGCUUUUAAACUACUAAAAAUAGAAACGUGAAUCCUUAUAGCCAACCAGUUUGAGUGUUUUAUGGGAUUUUCAGUUUGUUAAGAGUACACACUGUACGACACUUGCAGUAUGUACCGAGGUGCCGUUUCUGUUUGACUACAAAUAAUAGUUGUUGUAUGUCUGAAACAGGGUUUUCUUCAAAUGGAAUCUCAUGUCUCACUGAGACCAUUUGAAAUAAAUAAAGAUUAAAAUAGUGAAGAAAGGCAGAAAUGUUAAAGCCCUGCAUGUUUAGAAUUCAAAAAUUAGCGAUUCAGUCAUUCGCGCUUUUCUACUUUCUCACCUUCUCCGUGGAAACAGAACAGAUGUUUAACUUGAUUCUAAUGUUAAAAGUGACACCUGGUGUUUGAUGAAAACUACCAGAGAGACCCAGAUAUCUGCGGGUUCGAUUUCAGUCGGAGGUGGAGUCAGAGGACACACACGGCAAGCCUGAAAGGGACAUUUUUAAAGCAAUUCCUGCUUUUGUCUACUACUGUCAAUAAAUCUCCUGUGCUCUUCUUUGGCUUUUUGUGAGUCUGCAUAAACAGAAGGGAAAAGGACAGAAAAGAACAAAGCAGGAGGUCGAAUCCAUUUCAGACCCAGGGGGAAAGGCUGGAAAAGAAAAAAGCUGUGCCAAGAACUCUAAGAGUGAAGCCGUCACCAGGAGGAACCAAGAAAACAACUCAGAAUGAAAUGCCAGGAGGACAAAAGCCGUGAACUGGCAUCGACAGAAGGAAAUGCUGAAACCAUCCAGACAAGAUGUAUAACCUGUAGAAGAUGGAAAAGGAAAACCUGGAAACAAAUUGGGCGACAAAGACCGGAGAGAGAAAGGACGUAACACUAUAUGCCAACUGUAAAGUAACGACAAACAACCCUUUUAGGUAAAGCAACAAUAGCAGAAGAUACUUUAAUGUUUAAUAAACUGCAUUUGUUGGUGGAUUUAGUUGGUUUAGUGCAGUUGAAAAAAAAACAGCCAUGCAUUUCUGUUUUUUCACUUCUUACUCUAUGAUGAGCAACGCUAACAUUGUUUGUUCUCACCUUGAUGUUCUUUAUUUACUUUUUUUUCUCCAGUUAGUUAUUAAUUCAGAGACGUUCAGUCUAAACACACCUUUUGUCAACCUUCAAGACGUCUCACUACUUUACUACAGAUAAAGACAAACACUGACGUUAAAUGUUAAAUAAAUGAGUAAAAGGCAUUAUUUAUAUGUGUACACUUUUCAGUCCAGAUUUUUUACACAAUCUCUGAAUGUUUUUAUUUCUCUUAAAAGGAGAGAAUUCUCUGCGUCUCACUGAGACUAAGUGGUCUACUGAAAGGAAUGACGUCCAGAUCCAUGUCAUUAUGUCAAAGUCUUCCAAAGGUUCUGAGAUCACGAUGCUUCCUUCAUUGAUGCCUACUUCUUCAUCAGAAGUUCAGUGCGCUGUGGACAUGACCUUUCUCAUCCCAUUCUCCACCUCCUUCCGCUGACGCCCCGCUCUCGUGCAGAAGGCGAGUCAGGAUGUUGAGGAGACGCUGGUUGCUGUUGCGUCUGCGAGUGCUGCACCUGCGUUUGCUCAGGUUACAUCGAGAUGAACAGUCAAAGAAGUUGCAAUCGUCGUCGCUGCUGCAAUUUUGGUCCAGGAUGUCCCUCAUCUUUGGCUCAAAGAACGCCAUGUCCACGUCUAUGGCUACGACCUGCAGGAGACGACAAAGAGGCAGCGUUUGUACUCGACCAUGCCGAGGUCACACAGAUCCUCACACAUGUCACCGGUCACGGAGCCUUCCUUGAACUCCCGACACUGCCGCACAGAGAGAAGGAGGAGGAGGCAAAGAGUCACUUUCUGAGGGCUCAGGUGUGCUGUGCAUUCUACUUCUCAAGAUUUAGUUUUUUUUUUGAGGAUUCAAAAUGUUGUGGUGAACCAACACAACAUACACAACGAAGGAUGAAAACACAGCUGUCAGGUGUAUCUUUCAAUUUUCAAGGACCCCAAGGUUACAACCAAGAUGGCUGCACUUCGUAUCACAUGAUUUCAAACCUCGGAGAAACUAUAUUCAGCCUCUAGAUCCUGGUUUGGAUGACGACUUCACACAGAAGGUUUCUUUAUUCCCUCAAGUCCAUCUCUGUGUCUUUAUCUAACUAUGGUGAUCCGGAUGCUCUCAUCCUCCAAGUUCACAGGAAUGUCAUCAAACGUCAUUAAG